AUGUAUCCAGAGCUCGAGAACUUGGAACAAGUGUUGAUGAAAGCAAAAGGAGAAGCUGAUUUGUAUGAAAUCCUCGGUGUUGAUCCUUUAGCUAAUGAUAAAACAGUGAAGAAACAAUACCUGAAGUUGGCUCUUUUGCUACAUCCAGACAAGAACAAGUUCCAUGGUGCAGAAGAAGCAUUUAAGCUGGUUUUAGAAGCUUGGUCUUUGUUAUCUGAUAAAGAUAUGAGAGAAGCUUAUGAUCGAAAGAGGAAAUCAAAACAAGUUAAACAGAGAAGCAAGACUUGUAAGAAGCAGAAACCAACACCACAUGAGGAACCAUAUUUUUAUACUAACUGGGAUCGAAAUGCCAAAGAAGAUGAUGAUCCGAGAAGUUAUGAUCGAAAAGAGGAAGAAGAGGAGGAUCAGAGAUGUUAUGAUCCCGAAAGUGAGUAUACAUUUUGGACAGUAUGCAAUAGAUGCACUACAUAUUGUCAAUUUGGAAAGGCUAAUUAUCUAAACAAAACUUUGUCUUGUCCAAACUGUAGUCAAGAUUUCGUUGCAACAGAGAUAAUUCCAGAGAUGGUCGAUGGUUGUCGAGUCUAUAGAUUCUCAACUCCUUACGGACAAGAACAAGAAUCAACGAGGAAAAACACGAGUGAUACUCGUUCUUUAUCUACUUCAACAUCUGAUAGUGCAAAUGCAAAUCAAGCAGGAGGAAAGUGA